AUGAGUUCUAUGCUCUCGGAAGUCGAGUCAAUGGAUUCGCUGCCUUUUGUACGGGACGUCACUCCUAGUUUCGAGUCCAAUGACCGGAUAAUGGCACCCUCAAUAGAAGAAGUUGAUUCCAAUCCGGAAGAACUUCGCAAUAUCAGAGGAAAAGGCCGGUAUUUUGGGCUCGAGGACCCCGAAGACGCUAUUAACGACGCCGAACCUAAAUGUAUCAACUGUUCCCAACGGGGUCAUUUUAAAAGGAACUGCCCGCACGUCAUCUGCACCUAUUGCGGUUCCAUGGACGACCAUUACUCGCAACAUUGUCCUAAAGCCAUCAAAUGUGCUAACUGCAACGAAGAAGGUCACUACAGGAGUCAGUGUCCGCACAAGUGGAAACGUGUCUACUGCUCGUUUUGCAACAGCAAAAAACACGCGCGAGACCGGUGUCCUAGCAUCUGGAGAAGCUAUUAUCUGCUUGACAGCUCGAAAAAGCGGAUCCUACCAAUCCAUCGGAUUUUUUGCUACAACUGUGGCAUGAAAGGCCAUUUGGGCGAUGACUGUCUGGAACGACGCUCUUCCAGAGUCCCCAACGAAGAUGGGAGCGCGUUUUCGGGCGACAACUUGCCUAAGGGUGUGAAGAACGACUACUUCAAAUGUCUAGCGAAGAACAAGCGCGAGAGAGGCAGGUUCCCCAGUAUAUACGGUUCUGAUGAUGACGAGGACUCAUUUCAGGUGAACGAUUACGAAUUUGACGAUGCCUCCUACGACAGGGAACCCGUAUUGCAAGCCAACGGACGGAAAAAGCGGAAACGUGAAGAGAGCGGAACAGACAGAGGCUCGCAGCGCUACAAUAAGUCUAUGUCAACCUUUUAUCCACCUCCCUACCAGAGAUCCGGGCGAGUUCCUGAACCGUCAUCUAAGGGCACCGUACUACCCCCAAAGAAGAGACGCAACAAAGACUUUAUAGACUAUGAUCGCGGGAACGACACGGGAAACUUCAAGAAAAACGAUCACAGAAGGCGUCAGUCCUCGAAAAGUUGGAGCUCUGGUCGCAGGCGGUGA